UCACCGCGGUUGACCCUGGGGGUUGUUAAGCGGAGUGGGAUGGCGGAGGUCUGCGUGUUUUCAGGCGAGCUCAGCCUCAUGGAUAAAGGCAUUAAGAGUUUAGCAGAGCUACCUUUAAGUUCAGAACUUCACACACUCAACUUGCACUGUAACCUGAUCUCCAGAAUUGAGAGGCUUGACCACCUACUGAACUUGCAACAUCUAGAUCUCUCAUCAAAUCGCAUACGUUGGAUUGAAGGGCUAAGUCAUCUUGCAAACCUGCGUACCUUAAAUUUGGCUUGCAACUUGAUAACAAAAGUUGAAGGGCUGGAAAAUCUAUUUAAUUUAACUAAACUGAAUUUAUCUUACAACCGUAUAGAUGACCUUUCAGGACUUCUACAUCUUCGAGGACCCAGCUGUAAAAUUAAUCACAUUGAGCUUCACAGCAACUGCAUAAAUAAUGUUAACCAUUUACUUCAGUGCCUUAGUGGACUGCAAUACCUGACCAAUCUUACUCUGGAGAAAAAUGGAAAAAGUAAUCCAGUGUGUGCCAAAAUAGGCUACAGAGAGAUUCUCCUUCAGGCUUUACCCCAGCUGACCAUCUUGGAUGGGAGGAAUAUAUUUGGUGAGCCUGUCAACUUAAUAGAACCAAACUCCUCUGAUUUGAAGUGCUUGGAAGAUCUCUUAGGCUGUUUAGUUACAUCCAGUUCUUAUACAGAUGAAGAGACUUAUGUUAAUUUGCCAAUAAUGACGCCACGAAUUGAUCAAGUGUUAGCCCAGUUUCGCCAGAGAGCAAAGACACCAGCUUGGAACACCACUAGCUCUUCCACUGAAAUCAUGUCAUCUUCUGAGCCAGAAAAAAUUAGAUUUGAUAAUGACUCAAGGAUAAAAAAAUUAGAAGAACAGAUAUCUCACCUCCUGCAGAAGGUAACUAAUUCUUCAAAAGCUGAUGUUACUCUGAAAGCCAAAAAAGAAACAGAUUUUACCUCAGAGAGUGGUAGCGAAAGUGGAAAAGAAAAUAGAAAAGCAGCUAAAAGGAGCAAGUUGCCUAAUUAUCGGAAAGGCACUUUAUCGACCAAGCUCCGUUCUCAAAGAGGCAAACUGUCAGCCAGAGGACAAGAGAAAGAUUUCAUCAAGUCUAAAAUUGAAGAAUCUCAUGUCAAAGAAGAAGAAAACUCAAGUCCAGCUUCAGAAAUAGCAAGCUUGGAAAUAGUGGGGGAAACACCGAAGAAACUGGGUGGGCAGAAAAGUCAAAUGAAAAAGCUAAAAAACAUGGAUACUGCUAUUCAAGAAGAGUUCACUUACAGGGCACUAAUUCAAGAACUGGAUCAGGAGAGAGAGAAGAGGUGGAAAGCCGAACAAGCUGAAAAGAAACUGAGUGAAAGCAUCAAGCAGUUGCAGAACCAGGCCAAAGAAGAAAAAGAUAUUCAAAGUGUAGCUGUUUACACUACGGAUAGGCUAAGGGAGCUGAUUUUGAGAGAACGAAGUGCAAAGACAAGACUUCAGAUUGAUAUUCAGCAACUGAAAGAAGAAGCUGAAAAACUUGGCAAAGAGCUAGAGCGGUCAAAACAACAAGAAGAGGAUCAACAAAAGGCAUUGCGGACUUUAGAAGAAACUCUUUUCAAGGUGGAGUCGCAAAAAGCUCAGCAGCAAGCCUCAGAGAUGAAAAGGAUUCAAAAUGCAGAACUUAAAGCAUCAGCAGCCGAGAGAGAAGUACAGUUACUUCGAAUAUCUCUUCAACAACAAAAAGAAAAGGUGGAACAAGUCCAUGAACUCCUAAUGCUAAGAGAGCGGGAACACAGAAAAGAACUGGAAACUAGAGUUACAUUAAAUGGCUCAGAUUUUCAAGAAGCUCUGUCAAAAGAAGUGGCUAGAAAAGAACAGAGACAUAAGGACCAUAUGAAAGAACUACAGGAAAAACUUCAUCUAUUAAACCAGAAAUAUAAGGAUCUAGAAGAUGAGUUCCGAGUAGCCUUAACUAUAGAAGCCAAAAGAUUUUCAGAGGUUAAAGAAGGGUUUGAUAGGCUUACAGCUGAGCUGGCAGAGCAUAAGAAGGUUCUUCUCCAGUCUCAGCAAAAGGAAAAGCAAUCUGCUAGUUUGAUCCAUGAGCUGACAUCUGUGGUGAAAGAACAAAAAGAUAAAAUCACGGAGUUAAUCAAAACAAAGCAAGACACAGUGUACAACUUGAAAAGUCAGAUACAAACUCUUGAAAAUAUGGUAGAGGAAGAUCACCAAAAGGCCAUUCAACUUGAGCUUCUUAAGCAGGAAAAGUCCAAACUUAUCUCCCAAGUAACAGCUCAGGAGUCUGUAAUUGAUGGAUUAAAAGCAGAAAGGAAAAUAUGGGGACAGGAGCUGGCACAACAAGGAGCUUCUCUUGCUCAAGAUCGGGGAAAACUGGAAGCCAAAAUAGAAGUUCUAACUAGUGAGACUGAAGCUUUGAAAAAACAAAAUGAAUCUCUCAAUGAUGCUUUGAAGAUUAAGUCUAAAAUUGUGGAGGAUCAAACCGAAACCAUUAGAAAGCUAAAAGAAGCCUCACAGGAACGAGAUGAGCAAAUAAGAAAGCUUCGUGAAGACAAUAUUGAAAUGCAGAAGAGACUUCAAAUACAACUAGAAGAAAAAGAUGCACAGUUAGAUAAUUUAUUGGAAAAAUUAGAAAGGCAAAAUGAGAGGAAAGAAGAACUAAAACAGCAAUUGCAAGAAAAGGAUGCUGAGCUCAGUGAUAUCAAAGAAUCUUAUAGUGUGAUGAAUAAAAAAUGGCAAGAUAAAGGAGGAUUGCUGAGCAAGUUGGAAACACAAGUUAAACAAAUGAAAGAAAACUUUGAUAUCAGGGAGGAGCAGCUGAGAGGAGAGAGAGAUAAAAGUCUUCAAGCUCAGAAGGCUAUGAUGGAAAAACUGCGUUCUGUGGAUGAUGCUUUCCGAAGACAACAUGAAUCAACCAUCACAGCACAUCAAGCCGAACUGCUGCAGCUAGCAAAUGAAAAACAGCAACAAAUUACGGCAGCCAAUGAAAAGGUUUACCAGGUUGAAGAAGAGAUGCGUCACUUACUACAAGAAACUGCAAGCAAUAAAAAGGCUAUGGAAGAGAAAAUGAAACGGCUAACAGUUGCUUUGAGUGACAUUCAGCAAGGGUUCUGAAAUAUACCUGUAGUGCACUUGAUGUUUGUAACCAUCACUGCAGGUUUUUUGAUGGUAGGAAAUGCUGCAUGUUGCCAUGACUUAUAUUUGUACUUUAUGUACAUAUUUUCAGAAUAAAAGUUACCUUUUGUUAAACUAUCA